AAAGGCCAAACAAAAAAAAAAAAAAAAGUUUUGAAAAAAAGAUAGAUAAAGUGGACAAAAUGAAAUUGGAAAGGAAAAAACUCAAAAACAGCAACUGCAACAGAAACCUCUCCCUCUCGCUCUCGCUCGCUGGCUCCAAUUAGGCUUCUAUUAGGAGCAGCAUUGUUCCUCGAUUGCCCGUGUGAGUUUGUGCUUUGCUUUCCACCCUUCUCCCUACCAAAGAAGAGGGAAAACCCAAAACAAUUAAAAAAAAAAGGAAAAGAAAAGAAAAUGAAGCUCCCCUAGAACCCCAGUUCUGCAGAGAGAAGCCACAACGGGAGACAACUACAAGUAGUGUGGCAGAGGGGGGAAGACAACUGCAGAGCACGUCGGCGCAAUUCAGUGCCAGCCAGGCAGCCCUAGGUGGCGUUGGUUGUGUUCGUUUAUGGGUUCCUCUCGCCUAUUUCUCUCCGUUGGACUGGCGGAGCGUUCUACGGUAUCCUCCUCCUGCCGACUGAAUCCCGUUGACGUUACUCUGAGAGAGAAAUAAGAGAGGGAGAACUAACAACUGCCGUAAGUAAACCAAAUCACCUUAUCCUAAACCACCACCACUCCCCCUCCAACAAAAAAAAAAAAAAAGAAAGAAAGAAAUUAUUGUGCUGUCGGUGAGAACAGAGGAAAAAUUUUCUUUUCCCCCUUUAUCUUCGUCUAUCGUUAACUCUGGCGGACAUAAGAGGAACCGAAGCGUUCCUCUUUUCUUCCCUGUAUUCUCGAUUAUUGGAUCGUUUGGGUUUCAAAUCCAAGAAAAAGAAAAGAAACCGGUUAAAGAUGCUGUGGAUUAUGAGAUUCUCGGGUUUUUUCUCCGCGGCCAUGGUGUGGAUAGUUCUAUCCCCCUCCCUGCAAUCUUCCCAACCCGCAGAAGCCAUUAGAUCCUCCCAUCUCGACUCCUACCUCCGAUUAUCCACCACCCAGAUUCCGCCUCCCUCUCCCGAUCGUUUCUCCUUCCGGAAAGCCCCUCAAUACCGCAAUGCGGACGCCUGCACCUUCAAUGUUGAUUCUACAUUGGGGGAGAUUGGCGUCUGCGAUCCCUCUUUAGUCCACGUAGCCAUUACCCUGGACGUCGAGUACCUCCGGGGAUCAAUUGCGGCCGUGCAUUCCAUUUUGCAGCACUCCAUGUGUCCCCAGACUAUAUUCUUCCACUUCUUGGUGUCGGAGCCCGGCCUUGAAAGCCUAGUCCGCUCCACUUUCCCUCAGUUGAAUUUCAAGGUUUAUUACUUCGAUCCCCAGAGGGUGCGGAGCCUGAUCUCCACCUCCGUCCGGCAAGCCCUGGAGCAGCCUCUGAACUACGCCAGGAACUAUUUGGCAGAACUUCUGGAGCCGUGCGUGCGGCGGGUCAUCUACCUGGACUCUGAUCUCAUCGUGGUCGAUGAUGUUUCCAAGCUCUGGUACACCAGCUUGGGGACGAAGACCAUCGGAGCCCCGGAGUACUGCCACGCCAACUUCAACAAGUACUUCACCGCAGCUUUCUGGUCGGACAGGAGAUUUUCGGACACGUUCUCCCGCCGGAAUCCCUGUUACUUCAACACGGGGGUCAUGGUGAUGGAUCUGGUCAAGUGGAGGCGGUUCGGGUACACCAAACAAAUAGAGAGGUGGAUGGAGAUCCAGAAGAUGAAUCGGAUCUACGAGCUGGGUUCACUGCCGCCAUUCUUGCUGGUGUUUGCUGGACACGUGGCGCCCAUAGAGCACAGGUGGAACCAGCACGGCUUGGGCGGGGAUAAUGUCAGGGGAAGCUGCCGGGACCUCCAUCCGGGUCCUGUCAGCCUUCUCCACUGGAGCGGCAGCGGGAAGCCGUGGCUGCGCCUCGACUCCAAGCGGCCGUGCCCGCUCGACUCCCUGUGGGCCCCGUACGACCUCUUCGGAAAUUCGUCGUGAAUUCCAACCCCAUAUUUUUAGAUUUUUUUGGUUUUCUUUUUGUACUCGCCGGUAAAUUCCUCGAUUCAACUGUUUUUUUCCACUUAUAUUUUUUUUUCCAAUCUUUAUUUUAUACUAUCGUCUCCUACAUAUAUUUUUUUUCUUUUUGGGUUUUGGUUUGAUUUUAUUCCUCUUCUCUUUUUUUUUUUUUUAAAAAAAAUAAUAAUUAACUCGCAGUAUUAGUAUGAUGAUGACUAUUAUUAUACGUUGAAGGGAGGCGUCCAGUUCCAUCUGGUAGUUUUGUCCUUGUGAAAAAAAUAAAAAUAAAAUAUUGGAGGGAAAGGGAUAUUCGGUUCAAUUCAUGUUUUUAGUUUUUGUACGCUAAAGAAUCAACCUGGUGGCGAAUUGGAAUUGGUUUUUGCGUUGAAUGGCGACAAUUUAAUGGUGUUGAUAUGUACUAAACAGAUGUAGGAGUAUUAUAUAUUAUGCAUAGCUCUGUAACUCACCGGAAAAUCUUUUUAGUUGGGAUUUGAUCGGAUUGCUUUUACUUUGCACUUGUCAUAACUACCCUUCACUCUGGUUUAUCUUCAGGGAACAAUAAUAAAUAUUUAUGUGUAUUUGCAGCUAUCGGCUGCUGAUCUUCAAUUUGAAUUUUUCGUUACAAAUUGUGGCGUGAGUUGAGUGAUCAAUCCUCUGUGGAUAUUGAUCCUUUGUUCUUUUUUUUUUUUUCUGUGAGAGUUUAACUUUUGUUGUUGCGAUGGAGGGAGGCGGCACCGGUGUACGAAUUAUUCGGUAUUCCUACUACCAUUUGCUGCAGGGAUUUUGAUGCAGCUGAUAGUCUGCGCCUUGGGGCGGUCUGGUGGGGGCAACGGCAAUAGCAACGGCUGGCAAAGCAUUGGGUGCCCGCCGGCGGUUAUGGUGAAGUAAGUGUGCGUUGGAAGAAUCUGGAUUGCGAGUUAUUAGGAGAGAGGUUUUCUUUUUUCUUUUUUCUUUUUUUUUUGGCUUUCGGGUAAGAAAGGAUUUUGGAUAUGUGGACGUGGUGGAUUGGAUGGUGGAUAUGGAUGUGGAUGCGGGUACCCAUCGGGGGGUGUCGGUGUGCUUUGGUGGCAGCGGCGGAUGGCUUGUGACGUUGUGAGUUUUUUGGUCUACUUUGACGUUCUCGUGGUGUGGGCAUAGGUGGCGAUACCUUCAAUUUCUUUUCUCUUUAUUUUGGUUUAAAUUUUAUACUUAAUUGAUUCAUAAGUAGCAAGUAUUAUGCAG